AUGAGUACUUCUUGCGCCACUGUUUAACACAACAAGAUGUUUUGGUGAGCUAAGCCAAUUGUUUUGUCCUCCAUUUUUUUGUCCCUCAUUCCCGUGUGUUUGUUUUUUCAGGUGAUGACGUCACGCAGCCGGAGAGCGUGCGGCUCUGUUUCAUGAGCUCGCGACCGCCGGCGGUUAAACAGGGAAGCCUGGAGAAAGUCUUCAACCGAAACCACACAGCGACACUUACUGUAAAAACAGCAUGUUUUAACCAGUCUAACGUCUCGGAAGCUGCUGGACUCAGAGCCGAAGAGUUUAACUGACCCUGGAAGUCGUUUCCGCCGAUAAAGUUGACGGUGUUUGGGGCGAAGUUGUCCCGAGUUGUUGCGGUGGACGUUAGCGACGACAAAACAAGAGGAGGAAUAAUGUCGCUGCUGUCUCUAUUUUGACCCAGCUCCAUUUCCCCCAGACAGACAGGAGCAGGACAAGUAAGGGGAGAGAAAGAGGGAAAGAAAGUAAGGAGAAAUGGCCGAAGCACGACCAGAAGAGGAGGAGGAAAACAUGAUGAGGGACACCCGGGAACAAGUGGUUCGAAGACAGCCGAACAGCUCCGGAGGUCGUCCUGACCGGCGUAAGCCCGAGCAGCGUCAGAGCCAGGGUCCACUGUCGUCCAUCAGAGCAGUCAUCAAGAGAACCUCCGCCAGGCCAACAUCUCUCUCUGAGGUGCCGCGAGACAGGGAGCGAGACAGGGAGCGAGACAGAGAGCGAGACAGAGAGCGAGACAGAGAGCGAGACAGAGAGCGAGACAGAGAGCGAGACAGAGAGCGAGACAGAGACAGGAGGCGACCAGAAAUUACCAUCCUGUCAGCGGAGCCUCUGGCCUCCACAUCCUGGUUCCCCGGGGCCUCUGCAGGAUUUCCACCUCCCCCUCCUCCUGCCGCACAGAUCUGGGGACCCACAAUCCCUCCGUCCAUACAGCCUCCUCCUUCCUAUGAGGAGGUGAUCAGGGAGAAGACACAGGAGCAGGUUCUCCUUCCUCCUCCGUCCACUUCCUCCUCCUCUUCCUCUUCUUCCUCCUCCUCCUCUUCGUCACGUCCAGCUACUACAAUAACCAUUGCCACCCAGACUGACCCAGGAUCUUCCCCCGACCCACAAGACUCACAGGCGAAACGACCAGUGAAACCACCACGGCCGCCUCUCCCAAGCCCUCCCAAACCGUCUAACGUUGAUGACCUCACUAUCACGGCCAGCCAGUCAACACCCACCAACCUCGACAGUAACGGCGUUGUACCAAACAGUCACCCUGAGACGGUCACACACGACGCCGCUCAGACACAACUUUGUUCACCUUUGACCUCAACCUCCGGAGCUCAGACUGACCAGUGGGAUCAGUCUUUUGCGGCCGUUGACGUGGCACCUCCUCCUGUCACUUCCUCUCACGUCCCGUUGGAGCGUCCCAAGCCACGACCCCGUUCCAGGCUCAGUGUACAGCCGAUCAGCAACGAGGUCAAAGUUCAGACUUUGGUGAAACUGCGUGACGACGGUUUGGCCACGCUAGCUGCCCGCAGUGGAUCUGACGCUGCUAACCAGGAGGUGAGUCAGGGGAAGUACCUGCAGGAGCUCCUCGAGGCCUUCAGCAGCGACGACUGGGGCUUUCCAGAACGCCGCAGCGACAGCAGUGAGCACAGCCAAUCAGAGAGCGAGGACGGAGAGGACGAGGAGGACAUGGCGACUCUGAAAGCGAGGAUACAAGCCUUUGAGCAGCAGCAGCAGCAGCAGCAGGUGGCUGAUGGGAGCUGUGGCGACAGCAGAGACCUUGUUGUCACAAAGAGACCUGAACCCCGGCCACGCCCUCGUCUCCAGGGGCAACCAGCUAAGUCUGUCCCUCCUAUUGUCGCCCCGAAACCCAAAAACGUUUCACAUUCCCCCAAACCAUCCGGUAAGGCAUUCUGGGAAGAUGAAGGCGGGACAGCAGGAGCGGCAGACACAGGGAACAUUGAGGCUUUGAAAACAACAGAAGCUCCUUCUACAGACUUAAACCCUCAAACUGCCACCGAGCCUGGUACCCCAUGCCUCGCCUCUGCCUCGCCCCCUGUCCCGGCCCCCAGGCCCUCUCCGCCCAAACCUACCCCGUCUGUCAGUGAGACCCUUCCACCAGCCAACCCCAAACCUCCACCCAGACCUCCAAUCGCCCCCAGGGCCAGCGUAGGAGCCCCGAACCCUGAUAAGAGCACGGCUGCUGGGCGCACCACCCCACCUCUGCCCCCGAGACCCUCUGCGGAGGUCGGCAGUGGAGCGCAGACAGAGACUCAAGCUGGAAGAGAAGAGGCGCAGGACGCUGCAAACCAAACUGUGAAAGUAGGAAGUGGUCGUCCGGGCAUCCCGAGCAAACCAGCAGCACUGACCUCACCACACAGAGCCAGCACUCCACACCUGGCCCCCAAACCCACCGGAGCCCCACCAGCACCUCCAGAUCCAAACCCAGUUCUACCCAAACCUACAGCUGCAUCCCCACCCAUAGCACCCAAACCUUCAGGACCGGCCCCGGUUCCGACCCCAGGGCUCAAACCCCCAACCCCGUCUCCAGCUCCGGCCCUGAGGAAAGGCCCCGUGAUCCUGACCAAACCGGAAACUACCAGCCCUGCAAACCCAAACUCCUCAGACCCUUCUCUCCCUCCACGGCCUUCAAGUGUGAAGCCCCUGCCUUUCCGUCCUCCACCAAUCAAGUCCAUCCCGGGGCGGCCACCUCCUCCAGCCAUCAACUCAAUUUCCACGGCCAACCAGAAGACGCCUCCUUCUGCCAAAACAAGCCCCGCCUCCUCCGUUUCCCCGGCCAGCCGGUCUUCGCCUUCGCAAACCAGGUCAUGCCCUUCUCCUGUAUCAGCCAGUCAGGUGCAGUCUCAAAAGGCACUUAAGAGGGGACCACCUCUGCCCCCCCGCCCUAAACCUGGACACCCUCUCUAUAACAGCUACGUGAAACAGGAAGUCCUCAUCGUUCUGGAUGACCCGAGCCCCUCAGAACCUCUAUCAGGUGAAGGGAGGAGUCAAACCGCCGUCACCCCACUCAUCAAACCCUCAGAGUGUCUCCUGGACCUGGACACCCAACCAGAGCCUGCUCCCGAUCAGGACAGCCAAUCAAAACUUCCCUGGGAGGGCCUCAACCUAUUAGACUCCCAGUCCAUUCUGCCUGUGCAGCCAACAGAGCAGAAAGAACAGCCAGACCCUCCUCCUGUCAGUGGUCCUCGGUGCGUCGCCUUGUUUGAUUACGAAGGAGAGGAGGAUGACGAGCUCACCUUCUCCCAGGGUGAUGUCAUCGCCCUCCUGGCACUCAUUGGGCAGGAGUGGGGGCGGGGCCAGAUCCACGGGCGAAUCGGGAUAUUCCCCCUGAGUUUCACUGAGGUGGUGGAGCCGCCCCCACAGCCGGAGUCGUCACCGGGGGAAACGGCAAAACCAGCAUCAACAGAAACCACGAAGACAGAAACUACCGCACCAAAGACACCACAGCACCCAGAGUCAGAGGCAAAGGAGUGGGCUGUGGCUGUGUUCGACUUCCCCGGUCAGACCGCAGAGGAUCUGUGCUUCCACAAGGGGGCGCUGAUUCAAGUGACGGAGCACAUCGAUGCUGAGUGGAGGAGAGGAAGACUGGAGGGGAGGGAGGGGAUUUACCCUGCAGCCUUCACACAGUCCUGCCAGGCUCAGCCAAUCCCAGGCGAGCAGUCAGCCGUUAAAGGAGUGGCCAAGUUUGAUUUCACACCAGAGAGCGAGGAUGAGCUCAUGCUAAAGGUCGGUGAUAUUAUAACGCAGGUGGAAUCUGUGGACGAGCAGUGGAUUAUGGGACUUGUGGGCGGGAAGCGUGGGAUUGUGCCUAAAAACUACAUUUCCCUUCUCUGAUGAGGAAAUCAGCCAAUAGGAAACGCUCGAUGUCUUUCUUUCGCCUUGUGCUGCUUCUCUCUGUAAAAAGGUGUGUUUGUUUUGAACUGGCAGCCUCCUCCUUCCGCGGCCUGUCAACGCUACAGACAGUUUUUCCUGUGGGCUGCUUUUGAUAGUGGAGUGCUGCGUACACGUGGACACGUGUGAAUUCUGGUCCACAGUUUCCAAAAACUUUCAGGCAGUUUUUAAUGAAACAAAAGCAGCCUGGUCUGUUUUUAUUGGUACUUCGGUUACUAAAUUGGAGAGACGGGAACUCUGAGGUGUGAUUGGACCGUCAGUUUGAUUGACAACCUCGCUCUGGCACCUCUCGCUCUGCUCACUACUGGCAUUAAGACCAAGAGAGGGAGGGGCUUUCGCUGCCUAAAUGAUGGAGUAAAACGGAUAUCACGCUGUUGGUUUUCAUCUCGACGUCGUGCUCGAGUUAUUUUCAACCUGGACUGGAUUUGAUUAUCUGUUAGUGACUGACCGGCCAGUGGACCCUGGUGCUCCUGAAGCUCAACAGUUUUAGCCCCGCACUAGUGCAAAUGGUUAAAAAUUAUCCGCAUGAUGGGAAAUUCUGGAGAAAAUAUAAUGUAGGUUGGAUGCGGCUGGUUUGAAGAGUCGCUGUUAGAGGACUUUUCCUCUUUGAGUCUGAUCACAGAUGUUUAACAAAGACUGAUUAAAAGUGUUAUCAUGUGUCUGUGGACACAUUUUUUAAAAUCAGGCUCACUUACAGUAUUCAAACUAGAAAGUCUCAACUCAGCAGAUUUAUAGAGGAGGACCUCUCAGUUAAAUCUACAUUUAUUUUAAACACAGUGUACCACGAAGAACAUUAUUCUCAUCCUGAGCCAGAGGAGAUUAGAAAACUGAAUAAUGUGGAGCUCUAAGCUGAUUGGCUGCUGGGCUUUAACAGCUCUGAGCUGGAGGCAGAAGCCUCCUGAGGGUGAACACCAGCUUUGGUUUGUGUUUUUCCUAAACACUAAAUGUUUCUAACUUGGCACUUAACACUCGGCGAUCUGAGGGUCAAAAAAAUGACACUUUCGAGACUGGAAAUUAUAGGACGUUGUCAGUUUAGUUGACAUGAACUGUCAGAAUGUUUUGUGACACUGUGGGUACCUAAAGCUAUUUAUAAGUGCUUAGAAAAGUUUUUUUGUUGCACAUGUUUUCGCAGAUAAAAUCUUACAGAAAGCUCCUUUUAUAAUGUUUUACAUUCCCUAAGCUUUAAAGCUAAACUGGAUAAUUUUACAUAAAGCACACUAAGCCUGAUUUGUCUGUUAUUUAGAAAUUGAUUAUACAUCACUGCUGAUCCUUUUGUUUUCAUCUAUCCUGCCAGCCUGAUGAAUGCAAAUGAGCCUGAAAGGUUUGGUGAAUGUAGCAUGGUGUGCUGGAGAAGAGUUGCACAACAUGUUUUAAUGAUCUUGAGCAUUUUUGGAAAAGGGUUAGCAGCGAAGUUCACAUGAUUUGUAUUUAACGUAAUGCAAAUAAAACUUGACACUAAGAGCCAGCAGCUCAAUAAAAUCACACAUAAAAUAAUAAUUAAAAUCAUGGUCGCACACUUUAACGUGGUACGGUGGAUUAUGAACAUUAAAAAAUCACCUUUGGGAUGUAAAGAUAUCAUAAAACAUGUUUAUACUUUAUAACAGUUCAACAGAAAUGCUGAAAGUUGAGACAUUAAGGAAGUAAAACGAUAUUUCACGCCCACAUUGGUUCAUGUUGGAUCUCCUGCAGCUGAGCAGCUUUGUAAAGCAGCAUGCUGAACUGUACCAAAUAUAGAAAGUCUGUUAUCGUACUGAACCUUUUGUCAUCACGGUGCAAUGCUCCAGCUGUAGUACUUCCAGCUUUUCUCAGUAUGUUUCAUAUUUCCAGACUGAAUAUUCAUCUCAUACUCAUGAACUAAAACUCAUAUGUUUUUUAUUAAAGGUAAAACAUGAAGGAUUUUCUCUAAAUGUGCUGUCAGCAAAUUAGCAGCGAUGAUGAUUAAUUCCUCUUCUGAAAUUAAAUGUUGUAGUUGCUAAUCAAACCUGUGACUUUUAGGAAACAUGACAACAUCUCAUUCCUGCCACUUCCUGUUCAUUGGUCUAAUUUUAAAUGUGCUCAGAUUAAAACUUAACUGAGUUACUUUUUAGAUAAAGCUCUUUUUUCACU